CUUCAAAGAAGAGGAAUGGAGUUACCCCACGGCACUCUGAUGGAUGGUGACAGUUCCACUACAGAUGCUUCCCAAUUAGGAAUCGCGGGUGAUUACAUUAGUGGAAGUCACUAUGUUUUACAGUCUCACGAAGGAGACACCGAUGAGGGGCUUGGUGAUCAUGAUGACACAAAUGGUUCCAAAGAGUCCUACAGGGAACAAGACAUCUAUCUUCCAAUUGCCAACGUCGCCCGGAUAAUGAAAUCAGCCGUACCUGCAACAGGGAAGAUCGCUAAAGAUGCUAAAGAAUGUGUUCAAGAGUGUGUGAGUGAGUUUAUCAGCUUCAUAACGUCUGAGGCUAGUGAGCGAUGUCACCAAGAAAAGCGCAAAACCAUCAAUGGAGAAGAUAUCCUUUUUGCCAUGUCCACACUGGGCUUCGAUAGUUAUGUGGAACCGUUAAAACUCUACCUGCAGAAGUUCAGAGAGGCAAUGAAGGGGGAGAAAGGAUUAAACACAUCAACAGGUGGAGGCACAGAUGGCCUUGGCGAAGAACUCACAGAAGAAACUUUCUCUAAUCAGUUAACAACGGGAUUAAUCACUGCAGAUGGCCAGCCACAAAAUGUCAUGGUGUAUACCACAUCAUAUCAACAGAUUUCGGGUGUACAGCCCAUACAGUUCUCCUGAUGGAUCACACUGAAGACUUAGAAACAUAUCAAGCCCUACGAUAACAAGAUGACUGGCUGAAAGAAAGGCAAACAGAUCAGCAAGGAUAAGAGCAGUUGAAUGGUCAGCUGAGCCGAAGAUGAUGAUCUUUAGCUGCUCUUGUAUUAUAUUCUUCUGAAUAGUUGUAGAUGCUUUGACAGGUUCCUGGGGUGCGACCAAGAAAUCCAGUUUCUGACCCCACCUGAAGGAUCAUUUCUUAUUUACCAGUUUUAAAAAACUGAAUCUUUAUAAUGUAUCACAGUUACAAAGUACUUUUGUUUUGUACAAGAGUUGUUCAGUUUUGUGUGGAUACAUGCAGGAAGCUGAUGUCAUUGGCCGCUGUGUGUCUGAUUUAUUACUGUCAGAACUUACUGGGCAGUAUCUUAUUUUCAUAUUGAAUCAUGUUGCUCCUUUUGUAAUUCAAAUAAGUAAUUUCACUAGAUGUACCCUUUUAAUAAAACAGGUGUAUAAUAAAUUGUUUUUGAGAGUAUGAAA